CAUGAAGUUGUGUUGCAGACGUGGUGUGUGUUCACUUUUGCUUUCAUUUUGAAAGGUCUGUGCUUGCUGAGGUGCGAGAUGUCUGCCCUGAGGCUGGUCUCUAACAGAACCUCCCAGCAGGCCCUGUCUAACUCUGAUUACACCUGGGACUACGAGUACUAUGAGUAUGGACCAGUGUCAUUUGAAGGCCUGAAGGCUCAUAAGUAUUCCAUUGUGAUUGGAUUUUGGGUUGGUCUUGCAGUUUUUGUCAUCUUCAUGUUUUUUGUCCUGACCCUGCUGACGAAGACAGGAGCACCACAUCAAGACAAUGCAGAACUUUCUGAAAAAAGAUUUCGAAUGAACAGCUUUGUGGCAGAUUUUGGAAGAUCUUUGGAGUCUGAGAGGGUCUUUUCUCACCAAAUGGUUGAAGAAUCCCAGUCACUUUUCCAUUUCUGCAUUAAUGAAGUCGACCAUAUGAACAAAGAAAAAGAGAGUCAGAAAGGUCCAAGUCUGGAGAGUAAUACUCACUUCCAGGAGGUUCCCAAAAGCGGUGGAACAUUUGAGGAAGACCUACAUUGUCUUACAAAAUUUAACAUUCCUAACUUUGUGAACACUGAGCAGAACUCUUCACUAGGUGAAGAUGAUCUCCUCAUCUCGGAGCCACCAAUCAUUUUAUAA